UUCAUCAGUCUCUACCUUUUAUACUCUCUCACCACCUCUCUCUUUUUUUCAUUUCCUCCUUCUCUUCGCCCACAGAUUCUUAAUUUAGCUCUUGGGUUUUCUUCAUGGCGGUGGUCCAAUAUCAGUCCAGGUUGAUCCUGUUGCUGGUUCUGUUUGUGCUGCUGGUAGGAGGCGGCCGAGUCGCCCGGUUGGACCUGUGGGACUCUACAAUCCGGUUGCCUUCAGAUAAGGAUAGACCGGAAGAUGCUAAUCACAAGGAAGCUGGAACAAGAUGGGCGGUUCUUGUUGCCGGUUCAUCUGGCUAUGGAAAUUACAGGCAUCAGGCCGAUGUUUGCCACGCAUACCAGCUGCUGAAAAAAGGUGGGUUGAAAGAGGAAAACAUAGUGGUAUUUAUGUACGAUGAUAUCGCCAAGCAUGAAAUAAAUCCCAGGCCUGGGGUCAUCAUCAACCACCCACAAGGUCAAGAUGUAUAUGCCGGUGUGCCGAAGGAUUACACUGGUAAGCAAGUAACCGCCGCGAAUCUGUAUGCAGUUCUUCUUGGGGACAAGAAGGCUGUGAAAGGUGGAAGUGGUAAGGUUGUGAAUAGCAAACCUAAUGACAGGAUCUUCUUAUACUACUCGGAUCAUGGGGGUCCUGGUGUUCUUGGGAUGCCAAAUAUGCCUUUUCUUUAUGCCAUGGAUUUUAUUCAAGUUUUGAAGAAGAAACAUGCAUCAGGGAGCUAUAAAGAGAUGGUUAUAUAUGUAGAAGCAUGUGAGAGUGGGAGCAUAUUUGAAGGCAUAAUGCCCAGCGACCUAAACAUUUACGUGACUACAGCAUCAAAUGCACAAGAGAACAGCUUUGGAACUUACUGUCCUGGAAUGGACCCCCCACCACCACCCGAAUACAUCACUUGCUUAGGCGAUUUGUACAGUGUUGCUUGGAUGGAGGAUAGUGAGAGACACAAUCUGAAGAAAGAAACAAUUAAACAACAAUAUCAGAACGUAAAGAAACGGACUUCCAAUUCCAACAAUUACGAUGUGGGAUCACAUGUGAUGCAAUAUGGGAGCAAAAACAUUACAGUAGAAAAGCUGUAUUUGUACCAAGGUUUUGAUCCUGCCUCUGUGAACUUCCCUCCUAAUAAUGGACAACUAGAAAAGCCCAUGGAAGUUGUCAACCAGAGAGAUGCAGAGCUUUUCUUCAUGUGGCAAAUGUACAAAAGAUCAGAGCAUGGGUCUGAAAAAAAGAGAGACAUCCUCAAGCAGAUUAAAGAAACAAUGAGGCACAGGACUCACUUAGAUGCAAGCAUUGAAUUCAUAGGAACAUUUCUCUAUGGACCUGGAAAAGGUUCCUCCACACUUAAUUCCGUGAGAGCACUUGGUCUGCCCCUUGUUGACGAUUGGGAAUGCUUAAAAUCUAUGGUUCGAGUGUUCGAAACACAGUGCGGAUCGCUGACUCAGUACGGCAUGAAACACAUGCGCGCAUUCGCCAACAUCUGCAACAGCGGUGUAUCUCAAUCCGAAAUGGAGGAAGCUUGUUCUGCUGCCUGCAAUGGCCAUGACCUGGGCCAAUUGCAUCCUUCAAACAAAGGCUACAGUGCCUAAAUGUUGAAAAUAUGUAAGAUCUUAGUAGCAGGAUAGAGAUGUCACAACCUUAACAGUGUCAAGAUGCCUAGCAUCUACUCUAGAAUCAAACCAGAAAUGUCAAAACAUUAAUAUAAUAGUUGUAUAAAACUCAUGUGUAUGUAUGUUGGUAGGUAUAAAAGUUUGGGGAUCAAAUAAUAUUUGGUUUGGUGGCUGAGCUUGGAAUCAAAUUUACUUUGAUGCA